AUGGAGUACUGUGAACAAGAUUUGGCAAGCCUUCUGGACAACAUGCCAAAUUCCUUUACUGAGGCACAGGUUAAAGGAAUUAUGCUUCAAGUUUUUAAAGGUCUGCGAUACCUUCAUGAGAACUUCAUAAUUCAUCGUGAUUUGAAGGUGUCAAAUCUGCUCAUGACGGAUAAAGGAAUGGUAAAGAUAGCCGACUUUGGACUUGCGCGUCCGUCCAAUUCGCAACACCCAAUGACACCUAAGGUGGUUACUCUGUGGUAUCGUGCACCCGAGGUCUUAUUGGGUGAUAAAAUGCAGACCAAGGCAAUUGACAUAUGGUCGGCGGGAUGCAUUAUGGGAGAAUUGCUUUUGCAUAAGCCUCUUCUGCCCGGUAAGAAUGAGGUGCAUCAAUUGGAACUGAUAAUUGAUUUGCUGGGAACUCCGAACGAACGCAUUUGGCCCGGAAUGAGCUCGUUACCUCUGCUGAAGAAAAUUACGCUGAAAACCCAGCAAUACAACAAUCUUCGUCAAACCUUUCCUUGGCUCUCUGAUGCCGGAUUUAGACUGCUCAACUUCCUUUUCAUGUACGAUCCAACGAGGCGCGCUCGUGCCAGGGAAUGCUGUCAGAGCUCCUACUUCAGAGAACAUCCUCUCCCCUGCGAACCGGAGAUGAUGCCCUCAUUCCCGCAGCAUCGCUUGAAGCGCAAGGCCUCACCGACCGAUGCUGGCGCAAACGAGGCGUUCGCUCCUGUUCCGGCUCCUGAACCCACCUCCGGACUCUUUGAUGCCGCAUUUGACAGAAUUGUUAGUUUCGUCACUGUCUUCGUUACCUCUUUAAAAGCUUCCAAUAACAACUCGCCCUGUUGUCAUUCCUAG